AUGGCGCCGAAGCCGUUAGACUACGAGUUGCUGAAUGAGAAUGUGAAGAAAGUUGCAUAUGCUGUCAAAGGGGAGCUUUACCUGCGGGCUUCGGAGUUGCAGAAGGAGGGGAAGAAGGUGGUAGCAUUGUGCCAAGCUCCAUUUCUAUUGGAUGACCCUAAUGUCGGGCUUUUAUUCCCAGCAGAUUCUGUUUCUCAAGCUAAACUGCUUUGCAACUUGUUUCCUCUUGUUAACGGUGAUCUGGAAAAGAAAUGUAUUCUUCAUUCUGAUAAGAAUCUCAACUUUCUUUCGAGCAAUCAGGUGCAUAUAGUGAUUCUCGAGGACUUCCUGGAAUUAGGAAAGAAUUUGCAGAGUCAUUUGCAAGGGAUGUUCAAUCGAACUAUCAGAUUAUUAGAAGCAGGUAUCGAGCCAGUAUAUGUAUUUGACGGUCAACCUCCAGAGUUGAAGAAACAAGAACUUGCCAAAAGAUAUUUAAAGAGGAAAGAUGCAACUAACGAUCUGAACACAACAAUUGAGACUGGUGAUUUGGAGGGAAUUGAAAAGUACAGCAAAAGGACUGUCAAGGUAACCAAGCAACAUAAUGAAGAUUGUAAACGUCUCUUAAGACUAAUGGGUGUGCCUACUAUUGAGGCACCCUGUGAAGCAGAAGCUCAAUGCGCAGCUCUUUGCAAAAGUGACAAGGUGUUUGCGGUUGCCUCAGAAAACAUGGAUACUUUAACUUUUAGGGUACCAAGGUUUCUCCAUCAUUUAAUGGAUCCUAGUUCCAAAAAAAUCUCUGUGAUGGAAUUUGACGUUUCAAAGGUUCUUGAAGAGCUAAGACUCACUAUGGAUCAGUUCAUUGAUUUGUGUACUCUCUCUGGAUGUGAUUAUUGUGAUAACAUUAAAGCUGAUUGA